AUGCUGGGUCCAGCUGCUGGUGCUGCUGCUGCAGCUGCGCCACGUUGGGUGGAACGGUUGGAAACAGCUCUUUCUAUCUACGGGGUUGCGGAUGUAGAGAUGCGAAGGAAUUUAUUGCUGCAUCAUAUGGGACCGGAGUCUUAUGAUGUCAUUUGCGACAAACUUGCACCUGCAUCCCCACGAACGAAAACUUUCCAGGAGAUUGUGCAAUUGCUGGAAGCCUAUUACAACCCGCAGCGGUUGGAAAUUUCCGAAAACUACCGUUUCAAUUGUCGGCGCCAAGGUGAUAAAGACGCGGUUUCGGCGGAGGAGACAGUAGAUGAAUACUUGGUGGCCUUGCGUAGAAUAGCCAUCACAUGUAAUUUCGAUCAGUAUCUCGAGAAGGCCCUACGAAAUCAGCUGGUUUUUGGAAUCAAGAGGAAUGAUAUUCGCAGCCGGUUGCUCGAAAAGCGGAAUCUUACUCUACAGGAUGCUCGAGACAUUGCUGUAGGCAUGGAGCUGUCCCGCAAAGGAGGAGCUGAAAUUGAAGGACAAUUUGUCAGGAGUGAUGUUCAUGUAGUUCACCGUCAACCGGAAAAGAAGAAAGUGCAUAAAGACAGCGCUAAUGAUUCGGAAAAAAAGUUGCUAUCGAUGUGGAGCAAAGUCGCACCUGGCGAUCGUGUGUAA